UCGGAGGCGGCCCCUUUCCCCCGGUGUCAUGGCCGCCGCCUGUGUGAGGGGUGGUUUUCUGUUGAGGCGGAAGGCGACGGCCGGGCUGCCGAGGGUCGCGGCGGCUUCCCAGGCGGCGGGCGCUAUGGGGCCCUGGUGGAGGGCGCCCGUCGGCCUGUGGCCGGCGAGGCUGAGGAUGGCUAGAGGCCUGUGGAGCUCCGCGAAAGGCCCUAAAUCGCUGUCCGUGGACAUAGGGGGCAGGACAUUGAAAAUCUCUUCUGGAAAACUAGCCAGAUUUGCUGAUGGAUGUGCUGUAGUACAGCUAGGUGAUACAGCAGUGAUGGUGACAGCAGUUAGCAAAACAAAGCCUUCUGCAUCUCAGUUCAUGCCUUUGGUGGUUGAUUAUCGUCAAAAAGCUGCUGCAGCAGGAAGAAUUCCUACAAACUACUUGCGAAGAGAACUAGGUCUUACAGACAGAGAAAUUCUUACAAGCAGACUAAUAGAUAGAUCAAUUAGACCACUGUUUCCAGAAGGCUAUUAUUAUGAUACACAGAUCCUUUGUAAUCUUUUGGCUGUAGAUGGUGUCAAUGAUCCUGAAGUCCUAGCAAUCAAUGGAGCUUCCGCGGCUCUUGCUUUGUCUGAUAUUCCAUGGAAUGGUCCCAUUGGUGCUGUAAGAGUAGGACUGAUUGAUGGAGAACCUGUUAUUAAUCCUACUCGAAAGGAAAUGUCUUCCAGUACUUUAAAUUUGGUGGUUUCUGGAGCUCCUUCUAGCCAAAUAGUUAUGUUGGAAGCAUCAGCGGAAAACGUAUUGCAGCAAGAUUUCUGUCAUGCCAUCAAAGUCGGUGUGAAGCAUACACAGAAAAUAAUUCAAGCCAUACAACAGCUGACAAGAGAGCAAAAGGUUACAAAGAGAACGGUCCAGAAAUUAUUCACUGCUCCUGAGGAGAUUGUGGAAUAUACCAAGAACCUUGCAUCAGAAAAGAUCACUGCAGUGUUUUCAGACGUCACUCAUGAAAAAAUUUCCAGAGAUGAAAUGAUUAACAAAAUCAGACUUGAAACAGAAGAACAGUUGAGAGAGAAGUUCCCAAGUGCCGAGCCUUAUGAGAUCAUAGAAUCAUUUAAUGUUGUUUGCAAGGAAAUCUUUAGAAAUCUAACUCUGAAAGAUUAUAGAAGGUGUGAUGGCAGAGACUUGACGUCACUCCGAGAUAUAUCCUGUGAAAUAGACCUGUUCAAAACCCUUCAUGGAUCAGCAUUAUUUCAGAGAGGUCAAACCCAGGUUCUCUGUACAGUUACAUUUGAUUCAUUGGAAUCAGGUGUGAAGUCUGAUCUCAUUACAACCGCCAUAAGCGGAAUAAAAGAAAAGAACUUCAUGCUCCAUUAUGAGUUUCCUCCUUAUGCAACUAACGAGACGGGCAAAAUUUCAGGUGUAAAUAGAAGAGAGCUUGGCCAUGGUGCACUUGCAGAAAAGGCUUUGAAGCCAGUGAUUCCCAAUGAUUUUCCUUUUACGAUAAGGGUUACUUCAGAAGUUCUGGAAUCAAAUGGAUCAUCAUCAAUGGCCUCUGCUUGUGGUGGGAGUUUAGCACUGAUGGAUGCAGGUGUUCCAAUAUCGUCUGCUGUAGCUGGUGUGGCUAUAGGUUUAAUUACUAGGCCUAGUUCUGAGAACAAUGGAGAUAUAGAAGAUUAUCGUUUGCUAACAGAUAUUCUGGGAAUAGAAGAUUAUUAUGGUGACAUGGACUUCAAAAUGGCUGGAACAAAUAAAGGAAUAACUGCUCUACAGGCUGACAUCAAGAUACCAGGAAUACCCCUCAAAAUUGUGAUGGAAGCUGUUCAGCAAGCCACAGUGGCAAAGAAAGAGAUCUUGCAAAUCAUGAACAAAACGAUUGCUAAUCCCAGAGCGAAGAGAAAGGAAAAUGGACCGCUCGUCGAAACUGUUCAGGUACCUUUAUCGAAAAGGGCAAGAUUCAUGGGCCCUGGAGGAUAUAAUUUAAAGAAACUUCAGGCUGAAACUGGAGUAACUGUGACCCAAAUAGACGAAGAAACUUUUUCUGUAUUUGCUCCGAUACCAGCUGCUAUGCACGAAGCACAAGAAUUUAUUACUGAAAUCUGCAAAGAUGACCAAGAUUACAAGUUGGAAUUUGGAGCUAUUUAUACAGCCACGAUUACUGAACUGAGAGAUUCUGGUGUAAUGGUAGAAUUGUAUCCAAAUAUGACUCCUGUUUUACUUCACAACUCCCAACUGGAUCAAAGAAAGAUCAAGCAUCCUAGCGCUCUUGGGUUGGAAGUUGGUCAAGAAAUUCAGGUGAAAUAUUUUGGACGAGAUCCAGCUGAUGGCAGAAUGAGACUUUCACGGAAAGUGCUUCAGGCUCCAGCUACAUCUGUUGCUAAAACGUUAACUGACAGGAACAGUAUAGUAAUGGGAAGUGCAAUUCCAGAAUCUGCUUAUUCAUCUUCUUCUUCAUCAUCAUCAUCAUCAUAGCAGUUUAUAAAAGCAUAGGAUUGCUGUUGGACUUAAUCAGAACUGUGGACUUUGUAAAGAGACUGAGUAACUGUUGUGGAAGCAUAGAUUCUGAUCAUGCAGGUUUGUAUACACUAUAGACACAUUUCAAAUUUUGUAUAAUUAUAACUGAGGAUGUUAGUUACUUCUCAGUUAUGUUUUUUUCUCUCCUGUGAAGUUUUUCCUUUCAUAUGUCCAUAAUAUGUCAAUAAUAGCACCAUUAUAAAUCAGGGGAAAUUUUGAUAGAUAUUUCAAAGUAUUUGGAAUGGUUGCUUCUAGAAUACAGUAUAUACAAAAAGAACAGUGUGCCUGAUUAAUUUAUUGCUAAGAGGUGUUUCAAAGACAUACACACAUACUCCCCAUUUUCUUCUGUAUGUUGAUCUGCUUGCAAGAAUGCUAAAAAAACAAGACGAAAAACUCUUACACAAAAAACUUUUUAGGGAUGAGAUCAGGAAAUGUACCCUGAAAUGUUUUGGAAUGUACAGUGAGAAACCCUUUUAGGACAAUUUUAAGUCUGUCUUUUCUGUUAAAAACUAAUGGGGGAGAGAUUCUGAGAGUUGCAAAGUUGGGUCAACUGUGUGACAUGACUUGCAAAUAAACUUUUUAACAAAA